GUUUCCCAAUCAAUACACCCUAGACCUGGAAGCAAUAUGCAGCCACUAGCCUGGAAAGGGUCUGUGCAUGCCCAGGCUGAGGGCAGCAGCUGCUGGACCCAGGGAGCUCUCUGCACCAAGUGAGCAAGCAAGGCCUCCAGGGACUGACUUGCCAACAGCUGGACUUGAUCACCAGCUUGAAACUGAGAUCAUGCACUGCAUAGAAUAACAAGCAGACUUUGUUCUCUGGCUGUGCGAAGCGUUGUUUUCCAAGGAAUUGCCACAGCAGCAGACAGAAAAGCAGAGAUCACUACCUGGAACCUUGAGUUUCUUUAGAGAAGCAAAGUGUAAGAAACUCUGCUGCUGGGGAGGGUGAAGGAUGAUGGUGGCUCUCCGGGGAGCUUGUUUACUGGUUCUCUUCAUCUCAGCAUUUCUGCCCCCACCACAACAUGCCCAGGACCCAGCUAUGGUACACUACAUCUACCAGCGCUUCCAAGUCUUGGAGCAAGGGCUGGAAAAAUGUACCCAAACAACAAGGGCAUACAUUCAAGACUUCCAGGAAUUCUCAAAAAACAUCUCCAUCAUGCUGGGGAGGUGUCAGACCCACACGAGUGAAUACAAGAGUGCAGUCAAUAACCUGGCACUAAGAGUGGAACGCGCCCAGCGGGAGAUUGACUACCUGGAGUACCUCCGCGAGGCUGACAUAUGCAUCGAAUCAGAGGAGAAGACACUGGCUGAAAGGGUGCUUCAAGCAGCCGAAGAAGAAAAGAAGAUCCGAACUCUGUUGAAUGCAAGCUGUGACAACAUGUUGAUGAGUAUAAAGUCCCUGAAAAUAGUGAAGAAGACCAUGGACCCAGAUGGCUCUUGGAUGAAAGAUGCUCGUGGUAACUCUGCAAAAGUGUAUUUAUUAAUUGGAUCCAGAAACAACACAGUUUGGGAAUUUGCAAAUUUGCGGGCAUUCAUGGAAGAUAGUACCAAGCCUGGUCCCCGGAAGCUAAUCUUACCACUUUCCUGGCAGGGAUCAGGGCAAGUGAUCUAUAAAAGCUUUCUAUUUUUUCACAAUCAAGGAACUUCUAAUGAGAUAAUUAAAUAUAAUCUGCAGAAGAAGAUGGUGGAGGACAGAAUGCUUCUCCCAGGAGGGGCAGGCCGAGCCCCCAUCUAUCAACACUCCCUAUCCACAUACAUUGACCUUGCUGUGGAUGAACAUGGGCUUUGGGCUAUCCACUCAGGACCGGGUAUCCAAGGCCAUUUGGUUCUCACGAAAAUCGAUCCGGACACUUUGGGAGUAGAACAUUCAUGGGAAACACCGUGUAGAAACCAGGAUGCUGAAGCUUCAUUCCUCCUAUGUGGGGUCCUUUAUGUGGUCUACAGUUUUGGUGGACAGGGCCCUCACCGUAUCACCUGUGUCUAUGAUCCACUGGGCACUGUUAGGGAGGAACAUCUGCCCAAUUUGUUCUUCCCCAGGCGGCCAAGAAGUCACUCCAUGAUCCAUUACAACCCCAGAGAUAAGCAGUUGUAUGCCUGGAAUGAAGGCAAUCAGAUCAUUUACAAACUCCAGACUAAGAAAAGGCUGCCUCUGGAGUAAUGGAUGGCAGCUUGGAGGGAGAGUUGUGAGACUUGGGCAGCGGUUUUCCAGAAUACUGAGAUCACAGUCUCUUUACAGUGUAGUAUCCUUCUGGAUGCAAACAGGAACAGGAUCUAAAAGUUUAUAUACAUAUUAUUCUUUUCCCCCAAUGUCACUGCAUUGGGUAUCUUUUGAAAGCAUAAAUGAGGCCAUCAUUCUGAAGUUUUGACCAAUAACCUGUCCCCAUCCAAAUCUGAUGGAGAUUAAGGCUUCCUCCAUCUGAUCUAUCAUAGUCCCAAUCUUUCCUUAUUGCCUUCCAGCAUUUUCUCUGAGUCUAUUCCUCUUCCACCAAUUAGGAUAUUGCCACUCCUGACCUCAACUGAUUUCUUCUUCGGCUUUCACUUGGGCUCUACCCUCUUAUUCAAAUGUUUAUAAAUACAUUUUCAUUGCCCGACUUUAUUAGUUGCUUUUCUUGUUGCUAUGACCAAAUACCUGGCAAGAAGCAACUUAUGACACAAAAAGGUUUUGCAGGCUUAUAGUUUUAAAGGGAAGCCAUCCACAGUGGUAUACCCCUUUAGUACUGGAACUCAGGAAGCAGAGGAAGGUGGAUAUCUGUGAGUUUGAGGUCAAUAUGGUCUACAAUGUAAGUUCCAGGCCAACCAAAGCUACAGAGAGAAAUCUUGUCUUUAAAAAAAACAUGGAUGUUGUCCAUCACGGUAAUAGUGAAGUGUUGUAGCAGGAGCAUGAGACAGCUGUUCAUAUUACAUCUGCUAUCAGGAAGCAAGCAGCAGUUGAGAAGUGGGACUGCUCUAAGAAACCUUAAGGCUUGCCCUCAUAGUAACUCACCUCCUCUAGUUAGGCCUCACUUCAAGGCCUGUACCCAGCUGGGAACUAAAUGUUCAAACACAGCAGCUUUCACUUUGAGACCAUAGCACCCAGGAAGCACUAUUUCUUGUUGAUUUUCAAUUUUUAUUUCCUCUAGCCUUGCCCUCUGCCAAGCCAAGUGGAUACAGUAUCAAAUUAAAACCAAUAAUAGUGGGAUGAUACUUUCUAGUUACAAAGACUUUUAACAUUGUAUAAUUCUCUUUUUGCCUUUGUAGAUAUGUACAAAUCUUUAUAGUUGCUAAGCCAGAGAUGAGAGUCCAGGUGAGUUAUUCAAAGUAGCAAACUAUAAAAUGAAAGAGCUAGAAAAGACUGCAAACAUCAUAGUCCUUUCCAUCAUCCAAGGAAGGAAGUAUCAAUUAUAUACUUUUACCCACCUAUCCUUAAUCAUUAUGUCCAUCAGUUCAGCCUAAAAAUAAAAGUUUGCCCCUUAGGCAGUUGUCAUGUCUGCACAAGGUCUUCUUAUACGUCUUUCAAAGUCAGCUUUCUCCGGCAAACCAGCCCAAGGGUAAGGACAAAACUCUAGCCUCAUCUUGUCUUUCUGCUGCCUGCUUCUUAAUUCUUUCUUUAAAUAUAAUAAAAGUGAGAUUAAACAAAUAA